ACAUAUACAUAUAGGAUGUGGGCGACGAUACUUUUGGUCGGUCUAGCAGUGUUCACGGCGGGAGAGCCCUUGGGGCCCUCGCCCAUCACACUGGACUACCACGCCACCGUGGGCGUGCCAGAAGCGAUUCGCAUCCGGCAUGCCGAGGAGGCCAUGGACUUCGACGGGGGCCGUGUGGCCGGCGGCUCCACCGUUAAUCUCGGCGCUCACCCCUACUUGGUGGGACUAUUGGUGCUGCUGACAACGGGUGAUACGUCGGUGUGCGGCGCGUCGCUGGUGAGCAACACGCGGUUGGUGACCGCGGCGCACUGCUGGCGCGAUCGCAGAAACCAGGGCCGGCAGAUGACCGCUGUGCUCGGAUCCGUGCGACUGUUCAGCGGCGGCACGCGGCUCGUCACCUCCAACAUCAACAUGCAUCAGAAUUACAACGUCAACAACCUCAACAACGAUAUCGCCGUUGUCGUCAUCCCGCGCGUCAAUUAUAAUAAUAACAUAAGAGCCAUCAACCUGCCGAACCAAGCGAUGCAGAUACUGAACUUCGCCGGCUACAUGGCGCAGGUGAUCGGCUACGGCGUCACCAACGACUCGGAGAACAUAACGACAGGGCAGGUGGCGCGCAGACGCAAUCUCGAGGUGAUCCGCAACGAGGCGUGCGCGCAGGCGUACGGCUUUAACGUGAUCGCGUCCACGUUGUGCACCAGCGGGCAGGGCAACGUGGGCCCCUGCGGCGGGGACUCCGGCGGCCCGCUCGCGCUCAACUUCGGCGGCCAGCGUGUGCUGAUCGGCGUGGUUUCGUUCCACUCAGCGAUGGGCUGCCGCGUGGGCUUCCCGGGCGGUUACGCGCGCGUCACUUCCUUCACGCCCUGGAUCCAGUCGCGACUGUGAGAUGCCACCCGCGCCACUCCGCCUCCAACGUUUCAACUGACGAUACAUUGUGAAAAUCAUGCUCAUUAAACCGAUUUUUGAUAAUUA